AUGCCAACAGCCAUCGUAACCGGCGCAACAGGCCUCAUGGGCGCCGCCAUCGUCCGCCACCUAAUCAACGACCCAACCUACACAAAGAUCUACACCCUCUCCCGCAGCCAACCAGGCACCCAGCACCCCAAAACCCAACAUGCCCACCUCGACCUCCAAGACUCUGCCUCAUCAAUGGCCAACAGCCUGUCCGGCGUCUCAGCAGACUACAUCUACUUCUGCGCGUAUCUAGCCAAAUCCGACGAAGAAGAAGCGGCGCGUGUAAACGGCGCGUUAUUGGAGAACUUCAUCAAUGCCCUCGAGAUUACGGGGGCGAUUAAGCAGCUGAAGCGGUUUAUUCUGACGUGUGGGUUUAAGCAUUAUGGUGUUCAUUUGGGGGUGACGAAGCAGCCGCUUGUUGAGUCAGAUCCGAGGCUGGAGGGGGGCGUUGGGGGUGUGAAGUGGCCGUCGAACUUUUAUUAUGUGCAGCAAAGGGUUGUGGAGGAUGCUGCGGCGAGGGGUGGGUGGGAGUGGGUUUGUACGCUUCCUAAUGAUGUGAUUGGGUAUGCGAAGGGGAAUUUUAUGAAUGAGGCUGCGUCGUUGGGACUUUAUGCGACGGUCUGCAAGACGCGGCCUGGGUCGAAGUUGAUAUUCCCGGGUAACAAGAAAAACUACUUUGUGUACAACUGCUGGACAUCUGCUGAGCUGCAUGCGCGUUUCUGUCUCUGGGCUUCGACAGCACCGGGGGCUGGGAAUAACAUCUUCAACGUCGUUAAUGGCGACACGCAGUCUUUCCAGGAACUGUGGCCACGCCUGGCGGAGCGUUUCGGCUGCAAGAUCCCAGAAGAUAUGUUCAGCCCCGCGACUACGGAGGCGUAUGCCAACCAGUCAACGAAUAUGGACAUGAGAACUAAGCACCCGAUUGUCGUGCAUGCUCAGAAAAUGGGCAUCGCAAAGAGCCAUAUCCUCACGACACCACCUGCGCUGUGUCUCCCAAUCGACCCUGCGAAAUGGUCGCAGCGGGACGAUGUUAAAGAAGCGUGGAAGAAGGUCCAGUCAAAGUAUGACUUGGACAAGGAUGCAUGGGACAAGGCUACCUGGGACUUUUUGACGUUCGUCCUGGGACGAGAAUGGGGAUGUGUUGGGAAUGUGAACAAGGCGCGGAAGUUGGGAUGGACGGGGUAUGAAGAUACCUGGGACUCGUUUGAAAAUGCGUUCCGCAUGUUGGAGGAAGGAGGUGUUCUUCCUCCGGUUGAACAGUUGAAGAGGGAUUAUUCAUGA